AUGGAUGACAAAGCAAGAAGCUUAAAGAUCAACAAGAACAUGGAGGAUUUUGCGGACGUGGAAGAAGAGAUGGAGUUAAGGAGAGGUCCAUGGACCGUUGAGGAAGAUUUAGAGCUCAUCAAUUACAUUGCUACUCAUGGUGAAGGUCGAUGGAACUCUCUCGCUCGUUGUGCCGGACUCAAAAGGACCGGGAAAAGCUGCAGACUUCGGUGGCUAAACUAUCUCCGACCAGAUGUCCGCCGUGGCAACAUAACCCUCGAAGAACAACUCUUGAUUCUUGAACUUCACUCCCGUUGGGGCAAUAGAUGUAUAUGGUUAAUUUGUAUUAAGAAAUUAUUUGAUCACAACUUCUUAGUUAUUAAUACAUUAAUUUUGUUUUCUUGUGAUUAUUGUAGAUGGUCUAAGAUUGCACAAUAUUUACCAGGAAGAACAGAUAACGAGAUCAAAAACUAUUGGAGAACACGUGUUCAAAAGCAUGCAAAACAGCUUAGGUGCGACGUGAACAGUCAACUGUUUAAAGACACAAUGAAGUAUCUUUGGAUGCCUCGGCUCGUAGAACGGAUCCAAGCCACCAACACAAGGUCUGUUUCCACUUCAGACCAGCUCGUGAUCAACAACAACAACAACAACACCAACAUGGAACAUUGUGGUUUAAUAAUGAGUAACCCUAAUGGUUACAUCAUCACGUCGGAACAUUCCAACGUGGCGGUAUCUCCUUCAUCAGAUUUGACGGAGUGUCAUGUGAAGAUUUGUUCAGAUCAGGAUUUGGUGGAACAACAACUGUCAUCGCAUAAUUAUUUGGAUAACAACAGUGGAUUAAUGUUCGGAGAUGUUACGAAGAUGCAAGAUGAGAGUUACCUUAAUUGGUACGAGAAUAAUGUUAAUGGGAUAAUACCUAAUUACUCGGACAGUUUCUGGAACAUUGGAUAUGAUGAAGACUUCUGGCUCUUACAGCAACAACAACAAGUCAUCGACAAUGGAAACUUCUGAAAAGACACAAGAAGCUAUUCAAAAAGUCAUUUUAAAGGGAAAAACAAAAGUAAAAGUUUCUAAUAAUUAGGGUGUGAAAAGAAUUUGCUAUAAA